AUGGCAUCUCCAGCUAGUGCCGCCGUGCGUUUCCUGGCUGGCUCCAAGAAGGCGCCUCAGGGCAUUCUGCAGCUGCGACUGCACGUGAAGCCUGGAGCCAGCAAGAACAGAGAGGGCAUUCAGGCUGUUACUGAAGAGGCGAUUGAGCUUUGUGUUGCAGCCCAGGCAAAGGAUGGCGAGGCCAACCAAGCCGUGAUGGAAGUUCUCAGCGACGCCUUGAAUAUCCCAAAGUCGAAGCUGAGUUUAGUGCAGGGCGCAAGAUCAAGAGACAAGACUGUGGUUGUGCAGGAGAUUAAGGGCGAUGGGCCUGCCUAUGCUACUACAAUCCUUGAGCUGCUUCAUAAGGCUAGCUCAGAGACUUGA